AUGGGAUAGUUGUAAUGCACUUAAGAAGAAAAAAAUGAUAAUAUUAUUAACAGACUAGAAUUGGAUUUUGAAAAAUAAGAAAAUAUUAAGUAAGAUGAAAGAGCUAAUUCUUUUUCUUAUGUUCAUGCUAUUGGGAAAUAUUUAAAUAUUGGAGUAAAUCCUAAAUUGGAUCAAAUAUGGGAAGAAAAAUUGAAUUCAUUUAAAGUUUAUGAUGAACCACCUAGAACAUAAUCAAAUUAUAGAAAUUCCCUUACAAAACCUAAGAAUAUUGAAUAGUUUUUUGCAGAAUGUCCUUUAAUAACAUAAGAUUAUGAAUAUUAUAUGUUAGUAUUUUUCAUUUAGGAGAAAUAUGAAUUUAAAUGCUAUGGAUUAAUUGGUCUUCCAUAAAAGUAUAGAUGGGCAUAUUGGAAAGUAAUUACGUUAUAAAAGGAUAUAAUGCAUAAAAAUAUGGAAAAUCAAAUUAAUGAUUCUUCUUAUUACAUUAAAAAAGACAUUAACAGAACAUUAAUAAGUGAAUUAUUUAAAGAAGAGUAAGUUGUAGAAAAAUUGGAUUAUGUGCUUACAAAUUUAGCUAGUCUAUAUCCUAAAGUUGGAUAUUGUCAAGGUAUGAAUUACAUUGCAGGUAUAAUACUAAAUAAUAAAUAAUAUAGCCUUAUUUUUGAUGGUUUCAGGAGCUAAAGAAUAAGAAACUGUUUGUGUUUUUGCUGAACUCCUUGAUUCUUCUUUUUACAUGUUCAAUUUAUUAUUUAAGGAAGAUCUUCCAUUACUCUUCAUUAUUGAAGAAAUAAUUAUGAAAUUGAUGUAAAAGAAGAUGCCAAAAGUGUAUAACCAUUUUAUUGAAUGCAAUAUAUCCCCUUCGAUUUGGAUAAGUAAAAUUUUACUUAGUGGAUUUGUAUAUUUGUUUGAAUUAUUGGAUUGUGUUCUACUAUGGGAUUAUAUAUUUAUCAAAGGUACUGUACUAGGAUACACAGAUCUUAUAUUGGCUAUGGUUACUAUAAAUUAAGAUAUAUUAUUGACUAAAGAUGAAGCAGAUCUUUCUAUUUUUUUUAAUUUUCAAGAAUAAAAAAUAAAAUGUGCAGAGAAAAUCAUCAAAUAAGCCCUAACAUAACCAGUAUAAGAAAAAGAAAUAAGAGAGAUUAUGAAAAAAACAAAUCAAAAAUUAGAAUUAGUUGAAUUAUUUAAAUUAUUUGGGAAAGAGGGAUUUGAGAAACAAUAUAAGAAAUAUUCAUAAGGGAUUAAAAAAUGA